UUAGGACCAGCUAGGUGCUAUAUAAGCUACUGGUCGCUACGUAUUUCAGUCAGACUGUGCUUAGCUUUUGACAUGACAAUAGCUUCUUAUUUCAAUAACAUCUAACGACUUGUUAAUAAAAAAUUAAAAUAUAGCAUCAUGCGAUUUCUUAACGUGAGAAAGAGCCGUGCCUUUUUUUCUUAUUUGCUAAUGAUUCAACUGUCGAUCAGCUUCGCUGGCCCGGCUCGUCCGUCUCUUAGGAAUGAAGGGAAUCGUUCGCUAACACGGAAAUACGCCAACGUCCAACAUUUAGCUCGAGACGAUCCAGUGGAAGAUGCCAAACAAUCUGAUGGUGGAGCUGACGUCAUCAUAACAACAACGACCGAACCUUCCAUUCCAACAACUGAGGACUUUUUACCUGUUGAGCAGGAAGUCAUCAACAACGGGGAAGGUCCAUCAACAGCUUCGCUAUUAGAUGAACCAGUUCCGGACUCUCUUGCGAUUGAAUCCGAGGAUACGACAGAGUCUACUCCAGUUGAGGCUGAAGCUGUUCAGGAUGUUGAGGACCCAGUGGUCGAUUCCAAAAUCGAAACACCUUUGACUGACGUUGCAGAAACUCUUCCGGAACAAGUAGCACCUGAAUCCUCGUCGGCUGCACCUUCAGACUUACCUUUAAACCCACCUGUGCGCGUCCCUAUGAUUCCAUCAGAACCGGAAACUACGCCUCUACCUGUGAAGCAAGCCGAUCCUGUCAUCCACUCGUCGAUGGAAGAUUCGAAUGUUUCAUCGAAUCAAUUGAAAAAGCCCGCGGGGGGGAAGAAGCCGGCCAUCAAAUACGAAACACAAGUCCAUUACAAACGUCGCCCAGUUGUUUCUUACGAAGCUCCUUUGAAUCCAUACCUGUCUGAAGAACAAGACCAACCCAUUUACUUGCCACCUACUUUCUCCGCCCUUCCUCUAGCUGUUAGCCUGUAUUCGAACGAGGAAGAUGACUUUCCCCGCCGUCCGAAGAAACUCGACUUUCCACGCAUUUCAAACACGGGCGAAAAUUUCGACCUCCAUGUUGAUUGGUGGAAGAAAUAAAGCCGAUUAGGAUAUUCUAUUUGGACUUGAGAAAAUUUCAAUUAAGUUUGUUUGAGACCCCCCCCCCCUUUUAUUUUAUUUUUAUUUUUUUAAUCCGACAUUAUGUUUUCUGAUUCUUUAUUGGUGAUGAGAUAGAAAUAUAUUGCAGUUAAUCAUU